AUGAGCGGCAAAGUGGAUUCUGCCCGACCCGACAAGGUCCAACGAGCACUGGGUGCCGCCAUUGAUGCCCUGGGAUACCUAGCACGACCAGCAACUGGCUCCAAUACUUUAGACUUUACUUACGUGGACCGACUGCUUUCCGCGGUGGUAGAACCGCCGUCCCAAGGCAAGCAGAAAAAUGGACGCCGGGGUAUUGCGGUGAUCCGGCAGUGGAUGGUGGAGGAUGGGCCAGGAGUUGCACUACUAGAGAUCCUGGGACAGCUCCUAUGGCGGGUGGUAGAUAUGAACAGUGAACAGUUGGAAUGUCUGCGAUCCGAAUUGCAUGCGCAGCCACGGUACCAUGCGCUUAUCUAUGACCCAUGCUCGGCUCAACUUGUACUCCAACGAUUGGAACGGGUCCGGCUACAUAAGGAGAAAGCGUGUAUGGAUUUGCGAGCCAGUCUUGUUGGGUUCUCCACGGAUUCUGCGCACUCCGAUGCGUCGUCCGCAGCGUCUGAGAUUGAACGACCAUACUCUGCGGACUGCGGUUCAGUGAUCUCUGAUUCGGCCAGUACUAAUUCUGAACCACUGUCGUGGGACCCUGUUCUCUCCUACAAUGGAUUGAUCAAAUUGAGGCCGGCCACAAUAAACUACCGCGGACUUUGGAGCAAUGAGAUGGAGCGAGAUCUCUUGGACUUUUAUAUCAACAUGUUUGCCCCGAGUCAGACACUAUUCGCCGAAGAAAACGCCUACUUGACUAUUCUCCCACUUGCACUGCAUUCCGAGAGCACGCGGAAUGCACUGUUUAGUGUCAGUGCGUCAUACAUGCGGGAAUACGCCCUGUCCGACGCGAUGAAAUACGGGUACAUGAACCAUAACUACAUGGUCCUGGCAGCGCAGGCGCUGCAACGCGAUCUUAGUGAGGGACAUGGCGCCACGGAUAGCUGCUUAGCGGCCGGUAUGUUGCUGGUGCACCAUGGGGUUGUCAACGAAAACGAGACAGAGAUGUGCUGGUCAUGGCACGUCCGGAUGAUUGACGGCUUUCAGCAAGCCAGGGGAGGGUUUGAUCCCUCCUCGGAGCCAGCCCUGUUCAUGAACUAUCAGUUGACGCUGGCGUUGACGGCGCAGACGUCUGCGCAAAUCCAGGCGCAGCGCUUUGGCUCUUCAGAUUGGCUGCUGCAGUGUUCGGGUCGCGAGUCGCAACGAAUUUGUGGCAUUUUAGGCAUGUCUCGUCGCAUGCUGAGCAUGAUCUCGCGCAUUACGAUGCUUGGUACGGCACAGGUGUCUGAUGAAGAGCGAGUAUCGACGGCAGAGUCUCUCGACGAUGAGAUAGCAAUGAUGAAUCAAUGGUGCUACCAAGCUCCGGGAGAAGCGCUCGAGGUGGCAUUACAGACGGCGCAGGCUUAUCAAUUAGCUGCGCGCAUCUACCUCCUCUGUCGGGUCCUGGGGGCGACACCAUUACAUUCACAAGUAGCUAGUCUACAUGCGAAACUCUAUGAUCUGGUCAUGCGAUUACCGAUCGACGGAAUGCUGUACACUGCCGCGUACCCUCUCUGGUGCUGCUUCAUUGCAGCGCUGACGUCGGGGUACUCUGAGAAGACCGAAAUCCUGUAUGAGCGAUUGAAUAGUAUCCGCACACGCAACAAAGGGAUGAGUAUGGUUUCUAUUUCAAAAUCACGACGAGGUUCGCAAUUGGAGAAUAAAUUGGAAGAGCUGGACCAAUCAGAUAAGAAGGCUGAUAAGCUGAGCAAAAGUGUGGGCGAUUUGAAUGCCAAAAUGGAUGAAUUUAUGUCCACGGCAAAGGUCGAGUAG